AUGGCCGCAUCUCGCUGUGGUUCGGUCCAGGACUUCAUUCGAGCGCUCAAGGCUCCCUCUGAUCCUCCUCGCUUGGACAGCUCCCUCAAGAUUGAGCUCGCACGGGAAGCAUGGGAAGAUGCUACUUUCCAUCUUCCAAACAAAGGCGAGGUCAUCGCUGAUUGGAUAUUGACGCGUCUAUUGAAGGAUAAGGUGAAGGAGGGGCAUGCGAACCCGUUGUUGGAUUUUCGAUUCUGGAAGCUUCUAGCAGACGUGCUGACAUCCUCCAAAACUGUAUACGUGAAUGCGAAAUUUACUCCAGUUACCAUCAAAUCAUGGCUCCUGCCUAUACUGAACCGCACUCCCAUUGCUCCUAUAAUUUCUGGCUAUUUCACAAUGUCGCACCUUGUGGACCAUGAUACUCUGCCGUUGACAACUCUUGUAUCCCAGUGCAUUGUCGUGUUAUGGCCUUUGGCUGCAUCAAAAUUUAGUCCGGAGAUGUUACUGGAGUGCCUCGGGGCUGUUCUUGCAUAUCUAGGCAAAAUUCAUUUGGAUCGUCUCGGUCAUUCCCAGAAAGCUAUCGGUACUGUUGCAUCACUGAUCGCAUCUUCGUAUCGGACAGCACUCAGCAACUCGGCCGCCAAAAAAAAGCUGUACGCAGCGUUCUUGCAGCACCAUAUUUUUGACUGGCUGCAAUGCAUCAAACCCGGAGUUGACAGCCAACAGUGGCACCAGUCUCUCGCCUCUGAAAUAUUCGUCACAGGCAUCGAGACAUUUUUCAAUCUCGACAUUCUCCGGGCUUUGGACGACAAGAAAUGUGACGCCACCUUCAAGGAGACUUUAUUGAAACUAUCUGUGACGUCGCCUAGUGCUGUCAUUGAUGUUUUCCCAUCUCUGUAUCAAUCCUUCAUGCAGUCCAUCAAACGCUACAAAGGGGCGCUAUUUGGUCAAAGUUCUGGGCGGGCUGUGUCUACUGGUAACGCAAUUGUGCAAUUGCAAACGGCGGGGAUGGCGUUCCUUUCCUGCUUAGAUGAAGUUAUCACUUCUGCCAGCAGCACACAACAUGUGUUAGUAUGGAGGACGAGAGUUGAACUCCUCGCCAUAGUUCACAACGAGAACUUGUAUAAUGCAGACGAUGAGGACGCCACGCGUACUUUGAGACAUAUUGGCGAACUGGCCAUCGCCGCUUUGGCGUCGCCUGACGAUAACCAUAUGCCACAGGUUCCACUUGCUCUAGAGGCACUGUCCGCAUUAACGCGCGUGGACUAUGAUAUCAUGUCUCCCUCAUUUUCGACUAUUUGGUCAAGAAUUGCUCUGAUUCCAGAUACUCACUCAACAGCUCUUCCAUACUUGGAUCUUCUUCUUGAAUAUCAUAUGAAGACUCGGACCAUACCAAACUUCAUAUAUAGCUGGACCGAUGCGUUCUCGGUUCAAUAUUUGCGAAGCAGUCUAGAAGAUCCUCAACACGUGUACCGACUCGUAGCUUCCAGUCCUCUAUUUUGUUUUCCCUACCUAGACCGGUUGUCAAAGGCGAUUCAUGGUUUCGUUACUCCUGGUCAGAUAAAGGAACUCGCGGACAAUAUGAUCCAACGAUUGUACUCCCUAUUUAAGGAGUUCCGAGAGCUCGAUAAGAAGCGCACAGCGGACGAUGGAAGAGGGCCGCGGAAAAGGCGCAAAAAGGACCUGGAAGUUACACCCGUGAUUGGAGGCGAUUCUACGCCGGAUUUGAUAGCUGUGACAUUUAGUUUGUCAGCUAGAGCGGCCGUGGUGGUUCUAAGCUCUCUCCCUAUGCAUUCAACUUCGGAAGAAAUUCGAGAAGAAACACGAAAUUCAUUCAGAGAAGCAUGUACAGCAUUGGUUCCUCGUGCGCUGAAGGGUGCCUCCAAAGCCAUGAGCACGGACGACCGGCGCAGUUCUUGGGGGUGGCAGAUGGUCGCAACAGCAUCCCUGCGUGUAUAUCAUUCUCUUGCUGUGAUCCGUCAGUUACACCUUAAUUUGCGCUGCGAUCAACAUGUUUUCCGCGACCUAAUCCUUGCAUCGGAAUUGGACGAUGUAGUCCCCGAAUAUAUGCUGGAAAUCGCCCGUGUGCUUCUGGGCGAAGCCGCCGAUGGCGUUAUCGAGCCAGAACUCAUCUUUGAUGGGCUUCUGCACCACCUGGAGCUGCACCUGCGUUGCAGUGUCAGUUGGUCCGGCAGGACGCAUGAUUUGACUCCAGCCGCAGGAGAGCCCCAAGCGGUUCUGGCGUUAUUCCAGCUACUACUUACCAGGUGGUUGCCGUUAUUGGAGUCGUCUGCAUCAACUAAUCAAAUAUUGCGACUCGUAAAGCUUAUGUUGGAAGUUGAUGUCCGUGGACCUCUACUCGACGGCACAACCUCAUCGCACCGGGUUUUAACUGUCAAUACCGCGUUCGUUUCGACGCUGCGCAACGCUGAAUUAUGGGAAUUGCAACGUGUCAGAGAUGCUUUUGUGGGCCAAUUAAACGAGUACACUGCAGUAUUGGAGAGUGUCGAUUUAGCUGAGCUAUUAAUUGAUCCUAAGGCGAUGGUAGCGCGAGUGUCACAGACAGAAUUGACAAGAAUAUCGUCGGUCUUCGAGUUCCUCUUGUAUGCCCCCGAUGAAUACUUUUCGCGUAACUCUCGUGCCAAUUUCUUACGAAAAGCGCUAGUCUCUGAUGUUCUUUUGCGUCGACAAGACGAGAUACUCGGAGAAAGAAGCAUGCGCUCCCUUGUAGGGGUUCGAGAAUUUACCAGGCGAAUGUAUACACAUCUUGGAACUAUAGACCAUCCGGCGGCUAAGACGUUUUGUGAUUACCUGACUGACUCCACGCCAUCGGCUAGCCAUUAUGAUGGACACGAAGAUGAGUUAGUUACAGUCACGAUGAAGAUUAUUGGCAUGUACAUGACAUCUUUCUUAAUACAUGCUCGGGCUGGUUAUGAGAAUACGGCUCUGGAAGUCGUGCAGUCAUUUUCAAUUUAUUUAAGCAUUCCAGUCCAACAACGGCCUCCUUCGCAUCUGAUCCGUGAAAAGUCCAUUCUGCAAUUCACAAGCACAUUGACGUCCUCCCAUCAUCUCUCUCAGUACGCCUUGAUCCCUACAUCUAUCAAAUACUAUUUGAUUCUCAUCAAUGAGUUUAGUUUCAACGAAACGUUCAUGUCAAAACUACUGGAACUGUAUGAGCGCAUGGUCGCUGUAUUUUCAUUGGAAAUGAAUGUACUGUCAAGGAAGGCCUAUUCGCACCCGGUCGCGGACGUACUCUUUCGGAACCACUUCCUUCGUGCUUGGUCGUGCACCCUUGACCUCGGGCGAUGGCUGAGUGCUCGCACUUUUGACUUGCCAAUUUUCGGACACGUCCUCGUCGGACAGUUGCUGGAGAGAGCUUCCAGUUUAAGCAACGAUGAUGAUUGCCUUGCCGUAUUGGAUGUAGUUCUUGCGGAAUUGCAAAUGGCUGAUGAAAGCCACCACUAUGAAGAAUUAGUGAGACUCGACACUCGUUUAUCCGGAGCUUGCAAAACACUUCUUGCCACACAUUUCUCCUACCUCCUUGACUAUGUCUUUGAAGCACUAUCAGUUACCGAUGAUCCCCGGGACCAAGACGCCGCGAAUUUAGUUCAUUUCUCCACUCUACUUUUACACAGUUCUCCCGAAGGAACUGCAAAGUUAACGCAGAACUUUGUAACAAAAUUCCUCCACUUGUGCGCUGAUCAGCCUGAAUAUCUUGCAUGUCCACCCUUACGUCGUGAAAUCCUUAAAUUUAUGAGCCGUCAAUUCAACGACAAGACUUCUAAGCCCGCGUCAAUUAGGCCUGCAGAUUUGUCAAGUCUCUGGUCGAUAAUCGGGUUUCUGCUCUCAGAAUCAGAAGAUCAUGCUGCUACAACCGAUCCAGAUGUCUUCCAUGAGAUUGUGUCGAUCAUUAGCGCACUUAUUCGCCUCCGUCGUGACUUAGUCGUGAACACACUCCCUCAUCUGGGCUUCGUUCUCUGCCAGCUCACGAAAUGUCUCCGUGCCAUCCGCCCACAUCUGGGAGCGAAACAGACUAAACUAGUCAUGAACACGCUCCCGAGCUGGAUUAGCGCGAAUAAACCCCUUUCUGCGCAUGAGAGCAAGGCGCUCGCCCGGCUCAUGACAACCUUAGCUGUAAAAACGCUUGUGCGCACGUACGAAACGGGCGAUGCGCAGAAGGCAGAAUCGCUCGCGCGGCCUUUCUCGAAGCACGCAGCGUACGUUCUGACAGCAUACACAGAGGCGGUGAACGAUACGCUGUGCCACGUCGCAGCGCCGGUCCGCAAGGAACUCCACUCGGGGCUGUUUGCGUUAUGCGAGAUGUUGGGAGAAUACAACCGCGACGCACUGAUGGUAUCGGCGCUGGAUGCGGACGGUAAGACAAUAAUGAAGGCGCUAUGGAAGGACUACGAGAAGGAGAGGUAUAUGGGACAAGGAUGA